AUGAACAUUUUGAACAGUCAGCCACAGGAAGUCGUCUAUCUUGAUAUUAAAAAGAAUGUUAAACAGUUAUCUCGUUCAAAGUCUACCAAUCCUCCUACAAAAAAGGGAUCAAACAAUAGCUUGAUACGUCGUAAUUCAAGUAAUGAUACUAUACUAGCAUAUCUUGAUAAAGAAUUACCGCCUCCUCCUCCAUAUUCAGAUUCUCUCAUUGAUGACCCAAAUUCCACAACAAUAACGACUACAACGACUACGACGACCGUAACAACUGUUACGACUACCACAAUAUCAAACUCUGGUGAAUCCACAUCAAAGCAACAAAACCCUCCAGAUAUGAAUCCUUCAAUCAAUGAUAGCAAUGAUUCAGAGAUUCCAAGUAUUACAAUAGUUUCUUAUGAAUCCUCAUGUGAUACGAGUAAAGAUGAAACAGAAAUAAUAACUCCCUCAAUUUCUAUUCCUCCCGAUAAUGAAAUUUCAUCCGAAAAUUCGAAUCCCGUGUAUUUAAACGAUGGUGUUAAAUCACAAAGGCGUCAUAUACGUUCUGGUUCUGCCCCAAAUGUUCACACUCUUUUAUUUAAAGAGCAAACUGAUGAUCUGAAAUAUAAAAAAAACACGAUACCUUCUGCAAGCUCAAUGGUUCAUUUGCCUGAUUCCAGAAGAGACACCGUUUUCCUAAAUAAUUCUUAUAAAGAAACGCCACAACAAUACCUUGAUAAAUUACGUGAUACUCUAUCUAAAUCAGAAUUGGCAACGUUGCUCACUAAAAGUAAAGAUGUAUUUCAUGAAACUGUGUUACGAACUUACAUGGAAACUUUUGAUUUCACCAGAGAUCCGGUUGAUAUCGCUUUAAGGUUAAUUUUUCGUUAUUGA